GAAGCACUAAAAGAUGCGGUGUUUAUGUUAAAUGUGUGUACAUGUAAGCAUAUUAGAAGCUAUAAUGCUUUUAUCACUCCUGGGUGGACGGCUUAAUGCCUUACAGGUUUUGCAACCCAAUUGAUAAGACAGCUGUUAGAUCGAAUUAGAAGUCGAUUUUUGUGGAGGAAGGAAAAGCCGGAGAACUCGGAGAAAGAACCCUCCGGGUUGCAUGGGGAUCACGAUCUGGUGAUGCUGGCAACUAGUACUGAUGCACUGUUAUCUCCUAAGCUCAUACCAGUUAUUUGCCUGUUUGGUUUCUAAUCGGAUUUGUUACGUUAAAGCAAACGCAAAUGAUCAACUAAGCUUAACAAGGGAAGUUAAUAAAGAUGUGGUGUUCAUGUUUACUACUAACACCAGUACAAACAUAACAGAAGCCGUUUGGGGAAUACGAGAUGGUGACACUAGCAACUUUAAACUAGUACUGAUAGCAGUUGACAGAUUCAGUGAACAGAUACGUUAUAAUGCUGGUUACGACGGAAGAGUUAGUUUUGUUGGUGAUCUGUCAAAGGGGCAGGCUUGGUUCAAGAUCACAAACCUGAACAUCAAUGAUACCAAUCAGUACACGGCAAGAAUCAUCUUGCAGGGAACAUCAAGUUACAAAUUCAGUGUUAUAAGACUGAAUGUAAUACAACCAGUUUCACCAGUUACUACAAGGCCUCUGCAGACAUCAACGAGAGAACUAACCACUGCAGCUUCAAGCUCACAAACCUCACCCCGGCCAACAUCGGAAAUGCCUCAAAUGUCAAACCGAAGCAUAACGAUUAAAGUGAUGAAGAAAGUAUAUGGAAAUUCCAGUGAUGCCAACUCUCACGCUUUCAAAACUUUUAGCGAAAAAUUUCUUUUUGAGAUCAACUCUGUCUAUAAAAAUAUCCAUACAUUUGAGAAAGCCAAGAUAACUCGUCCCAGCGAGAACAUUAUUCCUGUAACGUUCGUUGUGUUCUUCAAGAACAUGAUAAAACCAGAUGAAAUUUGCGGUCCACUUAAAGAUGCAGUAAAAGACAAUAGACUUGGAAGUCUCAAGAUAGUACCUGGUUCCUUAGAAUGCUCUAGUGAACCCAGUAGAAGUUUUCCCAAGAAUCAAUCAAGUUCUGUUUGCACAUGCACGUCAAUCAUCGCAGCAUGUACAACUAUCAUCAUAUUCCUAAUUCUAGUUGUAGUGGUUCUGCUUUUCUAUAUUUGGAGAGGAAGAUCAAAUGCCGAAAAAGGAGCAGAAAGCAGAGGUUCGUCAAGCGUAAAAGACAAGGACCUUGAAAGUUAUGAGAAUGUCCAUCAAAUGGAAGACACCUCACAAAGAACGACAACAAAAACAGCUCAAGCUUCAAAUGAAAAAGAAAUUUAUGAAACGAUAAAAGAAAACAGAAAUAAAGACACAGCUGCGAUAAAAGCAAAUGUGAAACCUACGCGUGGACCUUCUGUCGGCGCCCAAGGCGACGUGCCUCCAUUGCCACAACAUUACCAAGACCUUCAAAUAAAGGCAAUAUAUCCGACCCCGGCGUAUGAGCCUCUCAAGCAGCGGGGAUUUGGUAACAAAAAGGAGGUGGAUUCAGAAGAUCCAAAAACAUACGAACACCUGCAACAGAGUGCAUCAGGAAGAGAAUACCAGUCAUUGAAGAGUUAUAAGGAUGCCGAGAGUAAAGUGUGAUGCAUUAACUAUGCAGGCUGAAUACUUUCUCAUAAGCCACAAAAUAAAAAUAUGUUAUUGAGUUGUAAUAGUUAAAAUUGUUGCAGCACGCUAUCACGUACCACCAUCAAUUUUAUAUCCAGUUGAUUGGUUUUAAUCAAUAAUUAUUAAAAGUUAAAGAACUAAAUUUUUAGGGCUUUCAUUUUGUAAAAAUGACAAUCUUCUUAGGCAUUUUGGAAAGACAUUCGAUGACCAAAGAAAGCAUGGGAUUAUCAUAGAUAUGCUGACACAUGAUCAGCGUUUGAAGAAGAAAGGAGAGGCAGAUCUGAAACAAAGGAUCAUUGAAUAAGCCUAUUUAUUUCUUUUUUAUCAAUGUUGGGGAUUAUUCAAAUGAUUGUUUAUUAUCCUUGACGAUAUAAGUUGCUCCUAACUUCUUUUUUACCCACAAAACUGAAAUAAAAAAAUUAAUAUUAAGGGGAGCGUGACAUGCAAAAUAUGUAAGUAAGUCACGCGAUGAUUUUUUACAUUUUUUAAUCUUUAGAAUAGGUUAGAUCACAAAUAUUAAGCACAUCAGAAGCCAAAGGCAGGAGAGCGUGAGUAGAUUGAAAAUAAUUGCGUACAAUAAUGUUCACAUAUCAACUGAUUGAUGUUGUACUCGUCAUGAAACUCCAUAGGAAAUAAUCGCAAUCACACAGGAUGUAUGUUAAAUCAUUGAGUUUUGUAGUACUGAUUCUACAGUUACUUCCGCCUGUUGGUAAGUUGAAGAGAAAUACCUUGAUUGAGUGUAACAGCAGUGUAAUGAAGAAAUUGUAGAGCAUUGAACAUAAGUAGUAGAUAGUACAAGUUACUAUAUUUGCUUCAUAAAUUACAUAAGUUGCAGUCGUAUGACCCUCCUAACUAAAUACUCCAGAAAGGAAAUGAACUAAGAGAUAAAUAUACACUACAAUGGAAUUGGUGCUGGUCGCGUUUCAUCGGUCGUUUUGUUUGCUGUUUAGUAGCAUUAUAUCCACAGGAAGCCCACUUAAUAUAAAAAUUAUAAAAUCAGGUAAAAAAAAAUCCAAGCAAAAGGUUCCAUGCAUAUAUAUGAUUACCCAGAUUUACUUUUGACCUUACUGAUUUUUGCCAUGAAAGAGAAAAUGCCAUGAAAUCUUAAUUUCUGUUCAAUAAUCCUGGCCUUAUAUUUAUACUAAUAUCAGGCAUUCAGAGAUACUUUGCCAUAUGUUUUCAUUUUUGUUGUCACUUCGUGUGUUUACUUGUUUGGUUGGAGGGUUGGUUUUAAUAUAUUCUUAAUAAGUUAUCCCUAUUUUGUAGACCUAUGUACAAUGAAAAAAAUGAGAUCACUUUUUUAUGUGUCUGUCCUCUUAUUGGAAGUGGAUCCGCAUACUAGUUUGACGAUGUGAUGGCGCAAUUUAUCUUCAAUACCAGGACAAAUACUUAAAAAGCGAUGCCAUAUUUUUUUUGUACAACAACAACAACAGCAAAAACUUACAACCAGCGGAGAAAGCGCGCGCUCCUUACGACAGCUUAUGCAUGACAAAGCGAUAUAAAUGUGUAUGAUAUAUGUUAUUACAAAUUGAUAAAAGAAA